GACGAUGGCAGCACGUGACGUCCUUCCUUACUGAUCUAUUGGCGUUGACGUCGAACAUUGGUGCAUGAGCAGAAACAAUGAUGCAACGUGUGACAUCCUCCUUUGCCGAUCUGCUAGCAUUUUCGUCCGCCUAUGGAAACACUGGCACAGGAGUAGAGAAAUGGCGACGGCAGUGCACGACGUCUUCUCUCGCCAGCGUCGUUGCCAGGGCACAUAGCAACUCCAUUGAAGAAAUAGCCAAGCCUGUGUAUGACUUCCUAAGUCAACAAAAUGAAUCUGGGGUCACAGAUGCAUUCAGACUCCAAGAAAUCGUCGUCGGAGCCGCCGCCGUCGCUAUAAGAAGUUGCACGGAGGUUGAAGGUGAGUCUCUAAAGAAUCUUGAACGUGUAUGCAAGAAACCAAUUAUUCCGGUUGGAUUGUUGCCACCUUCACCACAAAGUAAUGAUGAAGACAACAACAAUGAUGACAAGGAUGAAAAUUGGCCCAAAAUUCUUAAGUGGUUAGAUGAACAAGAAAAAGGGUCAGUGAUUUAUGUAGCAUUUGGAAGUGAGGUUAAACUAAGUGAUGAAGAAUUCAAUGAGAUAGCUAUGGGAUUAGAAUUAUCUAAUUGUCCAUUUUUUUGGGCUUUAAAACGAGAAAAUAGUCCUAAUAAGGAUGUGAGUAGUUCAAUGGAGACAAAUAAUAAACGUGGAAUUAUAUGGAAUAAUUGGGCAUCACAAUUAAGAAUAUUAGCACAUAAGUCUAUUGGAGGAUUUUUAACUCAUUGUGGUUGGAGUUCCAUAAUAGAGUCUCUUGAAUUUGGUUGUCCACUUAUUUUGUUGCCCUUCCAAAGUGAGCAAGUGUUGAAUGCUAUGGUGGUGGAAGGAAUAAAAGUAGGGGUAAAAGUGGAAAGAAAUCAAGAUGAUGGAAAAUUCACAAGAUAUUCCAUAGCCAAGGCAUUGAGAACUAUGAUGUUGGAAGAGGAAGGAAAGAGUUGUAGAAGCCGUGCAGAGGAGAAGAUGGUCAAGAUAUUUGGGAAGAAGGAGCUGCAUCAAAAGUACAUAGAUGACUUUGUUGAUUUUAUGGAAAUCCAUAGGCCUAACAUUAAUUAGGGGA